CAUUGCAUUGCCAUCCUUUUAUUUUUUAACAGAUGGAGGAAGCCAAGUUGGGUAAAUCAUCCAAGUUCAAGAGGGUGUGUGUCUUCUGUGGAAGCAGCACCGGAAAGAGGAGCUGCUACCAAGACGCCGCUGUGGAGCUUGGCAAAGAGCUGGUGGCUAGGAAGGUGGAUUUAGUCUAUGGAGGUGGGAACACGGGUCUGAUGGGCCUCGUCUCCGGCGCCGUCCACAGCGGAGGCGGCCAUGUUAUUGGCAUCAUCCCCCGAACUCUAAUGGGCAGAGAGGUCUAAUUCUCGACACUUUUGCUUUCUAUU